GCGGAGGCCCUCGACCGCCACGUGCUCGAGGCCGCCGAGCGCACGCUCGCCGCGGACCACGGCUUCACCCUGCAGGCGCUCCGGAACCUGGCGGCGACGCUCGCGGCCCAGGGCCGCGCCGCGGAGGCGGAGCCCCUGGAGCGCCGCGUGCUCGAGGCCUGCGAGCGCACGCGGGGCGCGGAGCACCCCGACACCCUCGUGGCGGCCGGGGACCUGGCGGCGACGCUCCACAGCCUGGACCGGGAGGCGGAGGCGGAGGACCUCGAGUGGCGGGUGGUCGAGGCCUCCGCGCGGAGGCUCGGCGCGGACCACCCCGACACCCUGCAGGCCCAGGAGAGGCUGGCGGAGACUCCCCGCGGGCUCGAGCGCAAGGCCGAGGCGGAGCGCGCGAGACGUGAGGAGGCUGCUCGUCGUCGUGUCCCGCCUCGCCCAUCGGGGCUUACGACCCGGCUGGAAGAGGAGGCGCAGAAGAUCGUUCGGGGAAAAGGAUUCUCUGAUGGGUACAUCUUUUAG